AUGAAGGCUAAAGUAUCGACAUUACGAAUUGUCGUACUUGGAGCUGAAAACGUAGGCAAAUCUGCUAUCACUGUGAGAUUCUUGACAAAGAGAUUCAUUGGCGAAUACAGUUCGAUUACAGAUCACACCUACCAUACAGUAUGGAAUGCCAGAGACGAAACAUUCAACAUAGAGAUUACAGAUACGUCACCGCAUUCGGAAAACGUGAGCGACUAUCAUCAGAAUGUAUCAAGAGAAGACGGCAAUGCCUUUGUCAUCAUCUAUAAUGUGGCUGAUGGAGCAACAUUUUAUCAUGCCAAAAGUGAAGUGGAGAGACUUCGGAGAAAUCCUAACACAUCACAUCUUCCAAUACUGCUUCUUGGAAACAAAACAGAUCUUGAGCAUCUACGCGACGUGAGCGUGAGUGAAGUACGCCAGACAGCACUUUGCUACAACUGUAAAUUAUAUGAGGUCUCUGCUGCAGAAGACUUUCAGGCAAUACACGUGGCCUUCCGGGAACUGAUUGCUCAUGCAAUAGUUAUUGAUAAUCAGUAUGCAAAGCCUGUUAAACGCCGACGUAGCAUACUUGGUAACGUUUCCAAACGACUGAGUUCUGUAUUCAAACGAAAGAGUUUGGAAGAUUUGAUUUUCAAACGACGAUCUGGUAUUCCAGUACAUACGUGCACGAGAAGAUCGAUCUAG